AUGCCGAAACCUCUGCACCUUCAGGUCAACUGGCACCAGAGGCCCCGGCUAAGAGCCCAAGGCAAGACUCUGACGUGUCUCCCAAGGGCACGCCAGGCAGCCAGAGCAUUGUCUCUGCUGCUGACGACAAGAAGAAGAAGCGCCGCUCUUUCUUCGGCAAGCUCAAGGACAAGCUUUCCGGCAAGGACAAGAACUAAACGGUUUAUCCAUUUCGUUGCUUGUCUGCUCUCCUCGCUAGUCAUCUUCAGUUACAGGAGAUGA